UUUUGGUUUCAAUUUCUCUUGUCCCUCCCACCCUUUCCUUGCUACUAUAAGUAAUAGAAGAACAAAGAGAAGCAAAAAAGAGGAGAGAGGAGAGGAGGAGAAACAGCACAUAAAAGAGGAGCUGAGAGAAAAAAGAAACAGGAAAGCAUUCGUGAACAGUUUGGCUCGAAGCCUUGGGAAACAGGUGACCAUGGCAUCAGUAGUACCUAUGGAGGCCCCCAUGUGUCUGGUAGAAAACCGAGAUCGAAAACUAACAGUAAACCCCAAAGCCCUACAGAUUCUAACUUCCAUCGACAAGCCAGUGGUGGUGGUAGCUAUUGUUGGACUGUACCGUACUGGGAAAUCCUACCUGAUGAACAGGCUGGCAGGAAAGAACUCAGGCUUUGCCCUGGGCUCUACUGUGCAGUCUGAGACAAAGGGCAUCUGGAUGUGGUGUGUUCUUCACCCUCUCAAACUGGAUCAUAUCUUAGUUCUGCUUGAUACCGAGGGCCUUGGAGACGUGGAAAAGGGUGACUCCAUGAAUGAUUCAUGGAUCUUUGCCUUGGCUGUCCUGCUCAGCAGCACUUUUGUGUACAACAGCAUGAAAACCAUCAACCAUCAGGCCUUGGAACAGAUGCACUAUGUCACAGAGCUGACAGAACUAAUCAAGACUAAAUCCUCACCUAAAGCUGCUAGAAAAGACUCAGCAGAGUUUGUGGGCUUCUUCCCAGACUUUGUGUGGGCAGUGCGGGAUUUCUCCCUGGAGCUUAAGAUAGAUGGAUAUCCCAUAACCCCAGAUCAAUACCUGGAAAAUGCCUUGAAACUCAUCAAAGACAAACACCCCAAAGUUCAAAGGGCCAACCUUCCACGAGAGUGCAUCAGAAAAUUCUUUCCAAAACGCAAGUGUUUUACAUUUGACUGUCCAAUAUAUGAUAAGAAACUCUUAACCUGUCUUCAAAAUGUCCAAGAAAGCCAGCUGGAGCCUGAAUUCAAGAGUCAGACAGACAACUUCUGCUCAUACAUCUUUUCCAAUGCAAAACCCAAGAUCCUCAGUGGGGGCAUCAUGGUGAAUGGGAAUCGGUUGGGAAAGCUGCUGGAGACCUAUGUGAAGACAAUCUCUAGUGGUGACAUUCCCUGCCUGGAGAAUGCCGUGUUGUCCUUGGCUCAAAUUGAGAAUUCAGCUGCUGUGCAAAAAGCUGCAGAGCAUUAUGUGGCCCUGAUGGCCCUGAAGGUGAACUUCCCCACAGAAACUCUCCAGGACCUGCUAAGCGUACAUACACUGUGUGAGAAGGAAGCCCUCUCAAUUUUCAUGAAGCAUUCUUUCAAGGAUGAGAACCAGAAGUUUCAGAAGGAAUUGGUGCAAAUCUUAGAAACCAAGAAGGAUGGUUUCAUACGUCAAAAUGAAGAAAUAUCAACCAAAAAUUGUCAAACUCAGCUUGAGCACCUCUCACAGUCCCUGAGACAAGCCAUUUCUAAAGGGACCUUCUCUGUGUCAGGAGGUUACAAUCUCUACAAGAAAAAAAAGGAAGAAAUAAUAAACAAUUAUCUUCAAGUGCCCAGGAAAGGGCUAAAGGCUGAUGAGGUCCUCCAAAAGUUUCUACAGUCACUGGCAGUGACAGAAGAUUCCAUUCUGCAGACAGAUCAAGCUCUCACUGAACAAGAGAAGGCCUUGCAAGAUGAACAGUUCAAAAGAGAAGCAGCUGAAAAGGAAAUGUUGUUGCUGAAACAGCAACAAGUUGAAAUACAUCAAAAUAUGGAAGCUCAGCAGAGAACUUUUGAAGAAAACAUCAUCCAAUUGAAAAGGAAGAUGGAGGAAGAGAGGAAUAAGAUCCUGGAAGAACAGAAUAUGAUCCUGGACGCUAAGCUAAAGGAACAAAAAAAGCUGUUGGAGGAAGGAUUUCAUGAGAAAGCUGAAGAGAUAAACACACAGAUGGAGAAUCUACAAAAAGAGAUGAGGGAGGCUGAGAGUAAAAAGUCCUCCUGGUGGCUCUCAAGUUUAGAUGGACUGAUGGCUAUCUUACCUAAUGCAGGAAAAUUCGUUGAAUUGGGGUUAAAUGCAUUUAGCAGAUUUUUCAAAUGACCAAAUGAAUUACAGUUUCUAAAAAAAGUUAAAGAAAAUAUUUGUUCCACCUAAUGAAACAUAGCACUGAUACCUUAUAAUAUGUGUUAAUGUAUGAAUGGGUGUAUGUUCCCUGCUUCUAAUUCAUGUAAGUAUUAAAAAAUAAAGGAGAUGCUCACUAUGUAAGAUAAAGGACAAGCAAGACAAUUCACACUAAGCAUCCAUUUCCUCAGUAUAAGUGAUAUGAGACAUCAUCCAACUAAAUGAAAGACUUUUAUUCUUUAGGUAAAUGGCCUGGAAGGCAGGAAGCUUCAGUUUCUCUCCUUCUAUUCAAUGACUCAGAGGAUUUAGAGCUAGAGGAGCCUGGAAAAGCAUGAAAUCUAACUUCCUCAUUUUACUUAUGGCUCCUUGGUGAUACAAUAGGUGGAGAGAACUGGAAGGCCCGAGUUGAAAUCUAACCGCAGGCAAGGACUAUAUAUGAGCUGAAGGACCCUAAGAAAAAUAAACUUCUCUGUGCCUUAGUUUCCUCAUCCCAAAAAUGAGGGAAAUCAUAGCACCUAUUUCACAAACUUGGCACGAGGAUAAAAUGAGUGUAACACUUUGAAGACUCAAAGUGCUAUGUAAAUGCUAGCUCUUAAUAUUAUGGAACUCCAUGUAUUCUGAAGGAAGUAGAUUUCUUCA